AUGUGUUUGGACUGGAAAUAUAAUUAUAUGAAGACAAGACUUAAGGUGUUAGAAAAUAAUGAAAAGGAUGAAGAAAUAGAAAGAAAAUUACAAAAUAAUUUGAAUAUUAAGAGUUUGGGAUAUGUAUUAAAAGCUAUAGAGAUAUUAAAAAGAAAAGAAAAGAUGAAAAGAUAUAGUACAUUCGAUAGACAUUUAUCUUAUUUUAAAAAAAAUAAUAUAAAUAAACCACAGUAUAAUGAAAAAAAGAUAUUAGAACAUAGAUUAUGGGCCAUUGGAUGUGAACUCAUUGAAGUAAUUGGAGAUGGGAAUUGUUUAUUCCGUUCGAUAUCUCGUAACUUAUUUCAUAAACAAAAAUAUCAUAUGUAUGUUAGGAAAAAAUGUGUAGAAUAUAUGAUAAAUUAUAAAGAAGAAUAUUCUAUAUACUUUGAAAAUAAUGAAUUUCAACAAUAUAUAAAAAAUAUGUCCAAAAAUGGGUACUGGGGUGAUGAAUUAUGUAUAAAGGCAACAGCUGAUGCUUUUGAUUGUAUAAUAUAUAUUAUAACAUCUACAUUAGAAAACUGGCAUUUAAAAUAUGAAUCCAAAAAUAAUAAUGGUAUGUAUAAAAAAUGCGUCUUCCUAGCAUAUUCCAGCCCAACUCACUAUGAUUGUUUUAAACUAAUGCAAAGGUAG